UCCAGCCGGAUUGUGAUGGCUCGUACUUUGUACAGCAUCAGGAAGACACUGUUUUCAAAACACACAAACAUUGUCAGCAGUGUUUUACAGUGUCACUUCCAUUCUUCUGGAAUUAUGAGCUCUAAAGUUGCUGUGGUUUUGUCAGGUUGUGGGGUGUAUGAUGGAACUGAAGUCCAUGAAGCAUCAGCAACUUUAGUCCAUUUGAGCCGUGGAGGAGCAGAGGUGUCCAUGUUUGCUCCAGAUGUGGAUCAGAUGCAUGUUAUAGACCAUACCAAAGGGGAACCAAUGGACACCAAGAGAAAUGUACUGGUAGAAUCUGCAAGAAUAGCCAGAGGGAAAAUUGAUGCUUUAUCAAACUUAGAUUCCUCCAAAUUUGAUGCUGUCAUCCUACCUGGUGGAUUUGGAGCUGCCAAAAAUUUGUGUACAUUUGCAGUAGAUGGAGCUGGUGGUAUGAAGGUUGAGAAGGAUGUUCAAAGAGUUAUAGCAGACUUCCACAAGGAGAGCAAACCCAUUGGACUGUGUUGUAUCGCUCCUGUCCUGGCAGCAAAGCUGGUGCCAGGUUGUGAAGUGACUGUAGGAUCAGAUCAGGAGGAAGGAGGGCGUUGGCCGUAUGCAGGAACAGCUGGUGCUAUAGACUCGAUGGGAUCCAAACACAUCAAGAAAAAUGUCACUGAUUUUCAUGUGGAUGAGAAGAAUAAGAUAGUAACUACACCAGCCUUCAUGUGUGAAACCGGUCUCCAUGAAAUUUUUGAUGGUAUCGGGAAAAUGGUAGAAAAUGUUCUAUCUUUGGCCAACACUAAAAGCAAAAUAUAGAAGAGGCAUGCAUGUAAAUUAAGAUCAACGUUGGGAGUAUAAACACAUCUACCUAGAGACAAUGCACUAGACAUCAAUAUGUGGUGCACAAAACUAUCCUUUAUAUUACUACAUUGUGUAAUCUUGUCCAGAGAAAAAGGAUUUAAAAAUCAACCGGCAUUGGUCCUUCUUCUGCACUCUCAGUCACAACCAGCUGGAAUAUUGGGUUGGACAGUUGGACUACAUGUAGCUGUAUUACUAACAAGACUGUACUGUCUUAUGAUUUUGUGUAACAACAUUUCACAACUUGUAUUUGACACAGGUUUAGCUAACAAAGAUAGAAUCAUGCCUUACAAUAUACUUCAGUUUUACAAUUUUUUCCUUAUACUGCUAUCAUACUACUAAACUUUAACAACUUUUAUAUUGAGAUGUACACAAGAUCUGAUGUUUUUCAGAUGUCCAUGAAAAACUUAAGAAAUGAAGGAAUGUUGAAUAUGCUAGUGUAUACAAUAAUUAAUAAAGUUGUGGUGGAGAUUGA